UUAUAAGUCCUUGAGGAAAGAAUGUUGCAUUGCUGACGCAAUUUUUUCUCAUCAUUAUAGGCUUAUUAUCUCAAUGAAGGUCAGUCACAGAAAAAAAUGUUGAAAAGACAUGAAUCUGGGACCAAUUUUGAUCACCCCAUUAAAAUGCAGCAGUUGAAGCAUAACUUUAAUCAGUGCCUUCAUGUCGUCACUACCAUGAGAACGCUUGCUUGAAGCUGUCCUUGCCUAUAGACAACUGCCUUGCACUGUAUGUGCCAUACUACAUCAUCAAGCUGCAUGUGUCUGCAUUGAUGGUCAGUCAUCAUGGAUCGUAACAGCAUGCUUACCAAGUUUGUGGAGGUUACAGGCUGUGAUCCUGGACUAGCUGCAGAUCUCCUUGCUGGGAAACAAUGGAAUUGGACUGCUGCAAUGAAUGAUUACAACCAGUUAACUGGUAGUCUGCCAACCAGUGCACCAUCCACCCCAUCCACCAAUCCCCCGCAAGCACCGGUCAUACCCUCACAAAGCAAAGCCCCUAAAUUAACACAAGGUACCCAUCAUGCCCCCACCACCCAGCAAGAUACAACCCAGCAUGCCUUACCUGGGCAUCAAGUGGUACAGUCCAGUGGCAUGACUACAUCAGCAGUGACUUCCUCUAUGAGUAAUGCAAGUGUGGGUGGUUCAUCAAGAAGUGAGGGCUCUUCACCAUCAUCAGGGGAACGGAGCAAGGAAGCGUCAUCACAGUCCUCUACACAACGCAGCCUUUCCAUUCCACAGGAUGAGAAGGAUGCACCUCCUAGGUCACCAGCACCAAUAAAGAAACUCCAGCGUGGCAUAUCCAAGGCCAACUGUGCGCUCGUAGAUCUGAGCCGCAAGCAAGUCACAGAAGACAAGCAGGAGCACGCGCAUCAUCUAGUAGACACACCCAUGUAUACCUUCAUUCUUCCAGACUUGGCGCUCUUCCCGGCUGAGUUCCGUGCCUUUAUGGAGAAGGACUUGCUGGAGGUGACCACUAUGGCCAACCUGGAAAACACUGGCCGACUCAAUUGGUGGGCAGAUGGCAAUACGUGUAGUCGCUUAUGGCCAAUGGCAACUACUGGUGAUGGCAACUGCCUACUGCAUGCUGCAUCUCUGGGUAUGUGGGGCUUUCAUGACAGACAGUUAACACUGCGCAAGGCUUUGUACCAUGCACUAACAGAGAACCCACGCAGUCCACGCAUGCAGAGGCUGAAGAGACGAUGGCGAUGGCAGCAAACUGAGGUCAAUCAGAAGUGUGGUCUUGUGUACUCUGAACAGGAGUGGGAGGAGGAAUGGAAAGGCAUGCUUCGUCUAGCCUCAGCCGAGCCAAGAACACCACAGCCUGGAAACUCCAAGAGUCCCCUACCAACACUGUCAGAAGACAAGCCUCCUACCCCCACAGAUAAUGAGGAAGAGCUGACCUACGAGAGCCUAGAAGAGUUCCAUGUAUUUGUCCUGGCCCAUAUCCUACGCCGGCCUAUCAUCAUUGUAUCAGACACCAUGCUACGUGAUGCUGACGGCGAAGCCUUUGCACCUAUCUCCUUUGGAGGCAUCUAUCUGCCUGUGGAGGUAGCUCAUAGAGAGUGUGAGGCUUCCCCAUUGGUCCUGACCUACGAUACAGCUCACUUCUCUGCCCUGGUGCCUAUGGAGCAGGACUUGGAGGACUAUGAUCGCCAAACUGGAAGCACCAACCCUCUACCUGUUGUCAUACCGAUCACGGACUGUGACCACAAGCUGCUGCCGGUGCAUUUUGCAGUAGAUCCAGGGCCUAAUUGGCAGUGGGGCAACACUAAGAAAACUGGCAGCCAGACAGACAAAAGUCUAAGCGUGACAGACAAGCUCAAGCUUCUACAUCAGUAUCUGAGUCUGGUGAAGAUUCCAGUCCAGAACAGAGUCAGUGAAGAUGCUUCGUCAGAGCAAGAGGGACAACAAUCUCUAAGGACCUCAUCAAAUGACCUCAAGUCUCAGGUCAACCGCCCAAAGUCCAUGAACCUAGAUAAAGGUGACAAGGGACGUGGGUCAUUCGGUAAGAAACUCAAGUACUUUGCCAAGCUUGAAAAGCACAAAAAUGGAGGUAUUUCUGCCGGUGAUAAAAAUGUGCCGUUGUCAGAGAGAAAAAUUGGACCAAUAACUCUAGCUGAUUUGGAAGACCCAACCAUGAUUGUAGGAUCCAAGAUGAGUGAGAGGAGACACAGGUUGCAAGAGGAGAUGAUCAAGAACUACAUAGACAAGGCUAAAGAAAGGUUUGAAGAGGAACGCAGACUAAAGAGGAUUCUUAAAGAAGAGAAUCGUCAACAGCAGCAACUGACAACCUCCCACUCAUCACCCGCAAGGAAUUGGGAUGAACCUGUGGUCAGAAGCAGAGGGUUUUACAAUGAAUACCCGGUAAGCCAAGGCUACACAAGACAAGAACAGGGAUACCAGAACAGGCAGCCUAGUCCCGAGGCCUACCGGCGAUACAACCAGCAGGCUACACACCUGAAUGUCUACCAAGCUCCCUUGAGUCACACAAAAAGCAAUCCUAUACCACAGGCAUCUAUGGUCCAAUCACAAUAUCACCAACCAUUACUUACUUCCCUGACUGGUGCCAGACCUGCAAGUUACCAGCAUGGCUACCAGCUUGAUGCACCUGCCGAGUCAACUGUCCUCGUUAAUCAACUCAAUGUUCAGCCCCAGCGCCGAGCCAAUAAACCAUUAGGUCAUGAGAAAAGGCCUGGAGCCAUCGGCCAACUGGUGCAAGGAAUGCAUGAGCUACAACCCACAAGUGUGUACCAACAAUCCCCAUCUCAGUCAGAACAACAGCCAGCCAGAUCUCCCCAGAUUGCACGAUCUGCCAAAGUGGUAUCUCAGCAGCCGCAUCAGUCGACCUCUGGGUCCUCUCUGUUGCCUCCCUUAACCCAGCCUGGCUCCAGGUCACCACAAGCUCCUCCAUCCCCUCUAUCACCACGCUCAACUCAAGCACCUCCAUCACCACAGCCGUCAAAGCCGUCUUCAAAAUCAGCAAAACCAGUCAAGUCCAAAGAUUCCAAAGGCAAUAAAAGCAAGUCCAAUGAUAAGGGAAGUAGGCCCUGCAUGAAGAAAGGCUGUGACUUCUAUGGCACAGAGAGCACUGACUUCCUCUGCUCUCAUUGCUAUGAACUCAAGAUCAAGAACGGAAGAUCCAAUCGAAAAUAGAAACCCUCACACACACACACACACACACACAAAGGAAACAAGCAAACGAGAGGAUGCUCCAUAUUGAAUCCUUUCAUAAAGUAGACCUGCCAGAACAUUUUUCACUCGGAUUGUCAUCAUUAGUUGUUGACAGCUAUUGAAUCUUUUGGAUAUAACACAGCAAUAUUACUGCAAUAUGGUGUCUUUUAGGACCUAGGGGCAUUCUUAGAGAAAGUGUGAAGACAUUUUCUCAAAAAAAACAACACCUUUUAUGUGGGAAAUGUUAUCAGCACACUUUUCCUAGUGGUGGGUCUAAGAUGUUCAUUAUGCAACUCAUCACAUGACAGUCAUGGUGUACCCCUAAGCAGAUUAUCACUGCCAUGAAUAUUGGUAGAUCCUGCAACAUGUCUGCAGAAUAGCCUCUAAAAACAGGCAAACAUUGUGGGUCUUUCAAUAGGUUUGUACAAUGUAUGUAUUCAUAUUGGAGCUGUAAGACAUGUUUGAGGCAAGGAAAGAAAUGUUACUGUGGAAUAGUGUACAAUCUUCCAAGUGCAAGUCUGUUUGAUACAAACUGUUUUCUAUUGAACAUUGAGCAUACAUGCACAUGGGGUAUUACAUGUGUGUCAUUUAAGUGCCAAUAUAUUGUUUGGUAUUUGAGGGAAGUCUCCUUUGUUUUUUGGGGUUUUUUUUGUUAAAUAGCACACUUACAUCCAAAUGUGAAACAAUAAUGCAUUUAAUAAUGAGUAAUGUAUCCUUAUGUACAAACAUUUACGAAAGAUCUUUAUAUGUUAUAUUUUUCUCUACUUUGGUUAUGGUUAUCUGUAUAUUGGUCAGUUGGAUGCUGUAUGUAUAUACUUUUUGCUUACAUGUAGUUUCCAUUACUUAUUUGUAUUCUGCCAGCAUUUUUAGUUUAUAUCUUUUUCUUAAGAAAAUCGGUUACAAUUUUAUUUAAUUUGCAAUUUUUACAACUUGUGUGAAAAUUACAUGCAAAGCAUACAUGUGGUGUUUAUUCUGUAAAUUUAAAUGCAUUGUUAUUCCAAAUGAGCUUGUUUGAAAUCUUUUUUUGUAUAGGCCUAAAUAAAGUGUACUUAAUUUUUUACAGUUUUUAUCACAUCCUCCAAUUAGUUUCCCAAGCAGUUCGUCUCCCUACCCACCAUGAUUCCAAACUCACAGAUCGUGCUUUGCUCACAUUAUUUCGUUGAGGGGAAAACAAAGAAUUGAGGAGGAAAAAUAAUUACAAAACAUUAAAUGCAAACAGUGCAUAGCUUCAAAUUUACUAGUUCAACAUUACUAUUUCAAAAUGUCAUGCACUGUAGGCAUCAGAUUGUUCACCCGCAAUUCUUUGUUGUCCAUUUUAGAAACAAAGCAUGAUGAAUUUUGAAAAAGUUGCCUUUUAAACUUUUUCACUGUGGCUGUGAGUGCAAAAGUCAUUUAAUUUGUUUUUAAGUCUGCUUGAUUUAUUCAAGUCAAGUUUUUAUUUAGUAAGGCUCAUUAAAUCUUACCUUGUGCUGUAAGGUUCUUUUUAUUUUUAAGUAUCAAAUUCUUCACUUUAAGGUGUAUUGUAUGUUAAUGGUCAUAUUGAGCUUUAGUUCUGUUAAGAGCUUUUGAUAAGAAUAUUCAAAUUUACAUCUCACACAAAUGUAAUAUAUUUUAUCAGUAAAUCACUUGUCAAUCUGAACUCUGCAUAGUAAGUUGAUAAAUUAGCUCAAAAUGGUUCCCCCUUGAGAUGGCAAGUCAGUUUAUCGAUUUUCAAAUUCAUAACAUUUAAUUCCGUCAGCUCAGAAAGAAUUCAACCGCUCGUGCAUCAAAUGUACAUACAUGUAUAUGCCCUUUUUUUAUUUGUGGGUAUGUUAACUUUUAUGUUAUAAUUUUAUUUAUUGCUAUAAUUAUUGGGGAGCUAACAUUUCGGCUGGAAUAAGAACUGCAAGACAGCAUUAGAAAUGUGGGGAAAUAUUUUAUUAUUCAAUAAGAGCCUCCAGUUAAGUGGUUUUGUUUUCAUCAACAAGGUGCAUUAGGCUGUGCACAUGAGAGUUGUGAUUCUGAAAUUCAAGCAGUUUUAUGCCAAACGUAUUCACUAUUAAGGUAUGGAGCAUACAUUUGAUUAUGAAAAUCACUGUGAUCUUUUAUUUUGGAGCUAAUGUACACAAUCGCUAGCCAUGGCUUGUAAAUAUCACAAAUAUCAAACUUCUUAUUGUUAUUUUACACCCAAUGAUGUUAUUGCAGACACAUUGACUUUCUCCUUAAUGUCGUCUUCUGUGGAUUUCAUAUGCAACAUGUUUUAUCAAUGCCAAGUAACUUGUUGGAAGACCACAUUUUGAAAUGAAUGAAUAGUGGGCAAUGUAAAACUGGGAAAGAAUGUUGCAUCCUGACGCCAAUUUUUCUUCAUAUAUUAUCUCAGUGAGGGUCAGUCAUUGCAAACAUGUUGAAAAGAUAUGAAUCUGGGACUGAGAAACAUUUCCAAUUUUGUUUAAAAAAUACUUUGAAAAUGCACUCAACUCUCGUAGACAACCAAAAAGUGGCGUUUACAUUCUUUCCUAUAACUGUUGACUUUGCUUUUGUGUGUGGAUGUAUACAGCAUCGAACCCGUUCCCUUAGGUUAUUUCAGUUGGAUCUUCUUUUCCAUGUGCCAAUUAAUCUGUGCCAUUAUGUAUUCCAGAUCAAUCAUUGUGCCUUUGAUUGUGCAAGUAAUUCCCAAUGCCUUGGUCAAGUCGACAUUGGGUAGAGGUAUAAAUGUCAAUUUGAGUACAAUCAUUUUCUUGAAAGCUUGUUAGUGAGGGAUAUGUGAGCCCAAAGCUCCAUGGUCAGUCUUAUACUAUCAAUUUGAUCUGUAUACAUUUUAGAAAGUUGGAUUUUUUUUAUAAUUGAUUGAAACAUUAAAAUUACAGGUUAUUCAGUUAUUUCAGUUGAAUUCAUUGCAAAUCUAAGGUGAGCAAAAAUGAAAUAGGUUUAAAAAAAAAAAAUUAUUAAAGUACAAGUGUUUAAAUUUGUUUUGUUUUAUUUUGGUGUUUUGGGAUUUUUUUUUUUAAAGGGAUAUUUUAAUUAGGUUCAUUGGAAUGAAUGUGUGUUAAAAUGUGGACAAUUCAUCUUGAAUCCAUGCAAAUAAACUAGUUGAUUGGCAUUUGCACAUUCUAAA